CUGGCAGGCAUGGCUCUCUCUUGACCAGCCAAAACUACUCAAUGCCAAAGAGCCCGCUCCCCAUCCCCAUAUUUAAACACAGAGUGGGGAAAUGGAGCAACCGAAAAGAGCAGCGGACAUGGAUAGAGACGGACAAGAGAUGCCAUCACAGAGACAGCUGGAGAAAGGGGAAGGGGUGCUCAGCUCCUGACCUUAGCAGCUAACAGUUCUGCCCUCCCAAAUGAGGUGAGGCCAAUUCCUUCUUGAGAAGGAGAGUAGGAAAAGAUUAACAUGGAGACACAAGGCUCAUCAGUCGCUAGGGCUCCUGAGCUCACCCACCAAGAAUAAAACAGUCAAGCCCGAAACAACGGAAUUGGGAAAAACAAUUGACACUGAGGCCUUAGAACGACAGAGCCCUCCUCUGCCCAAAAGUCCGAGACGAGAACAAUGCACCACGGAAAUCCUGAAAUGUCUGAGGAAUGGGAUGCAGCUGAAGUGAGGACUGCUGUCAGGACAGGUGGGAGCGAGACGGGUCAGAGCCAAGACCAGGCUUUUAGCGCUCAAAAGCAUAUACUUUAAACCUACACUCUGACAAUUACUAGCCUGUGUGCUCCGGCAGGUUAACCUCAUUUUCUCCGCGUAAAAAAUGAGUUAAAACAAUCAUGGAGCUGUCGCAGAGCUUAAAGAAGUUAAAAUGUGGAGCAUUCUUAACAGUACGUGCACGGUGGGACGUGCUAUGUGCCUGCUUUAAUUUUAAUCGUCAUCUGCUCUGGGCUACAGCUCCCGCCGCGCUCCGCUCGCCCCGUCGGACCCCUCCCGGAGGACAGGAGCACGGAGGACACGCGCCCGGCCUCCCGCGCAGCCCUCAGCCGCCUCAGCUCGGGGGCCGCCGCGUGGGCCGCUCACACCCUGGACCGCAACUGGCCGGCAGCACCGCCGACGACCCCAGCCCGGAGCCCUGGCCGCCGCGGCCGGAGCGAGCGCCGCCGCCCCACACUCACCGCGGCGCUCCAUCCCGCGUCCUGGACGCGGACGCCCGCCCAACACUCACGGCCGCCGCCGCCUCCGCCGAGGGCUGGAGCUCGCCGCCCCCAUCCCCCACGGCCCGCGGACGCCCGGCCAAGCCGCCGCCGCCGCCGCCGCCGCCGCCGCCCCAGCAGCUACGGCCACCACCGCGCCGCUCGGGCCGCCCCGCCCCCAGGCCUCGCGGCUCGCACCUCCCGCCCGGCCGCGGCCCGCCCCCUGAAGCCCAGCCCAUUGGCCCGCGCGCCCGGGGAGGCGGGGCUCCGGCGCCCAGCCGCAGGUUGGGGCGGCUGCCGGCUCAGGCGCGCGGGGCGCGGGCUGUCAGCUGCGCCCCAGCCGGCAGGCUGUCCCCAACAUGGCAGGUCGUGUUAGCCACCCUGUGUGGCUUGUGGCACAACAGGCGAACCUCAGGCACAAGUCACCUGAAGAGCAGAUCUGGUUAAAAGGUGCUUAUCAGAUGAUCAAUCUACAUUUCUUUUAAGAACUGGACUAUAGACAGCAUAGAACUGUGAUCCUUGAGAUAUGGGGUCCCAAACAAAUGACGUAGGCCUUCAACUGCUGCAACUUUCUGCCUGGAGACACAUUCUAGACCAUGGCACAGGAAAUGGAAAGACAAGCAGAGCAGACUGGGGCAGCUGGAAUCUUUAGGACAGAGUACCAAAGAGGAAGGAGGUAGGCAAAGGAAGAGCUCCAGAAAUUUGCACAGGCAAUUCUUGCUGAAGUCUCUUGCUGAAUACAAAGUUGCACAUGUAUGGGUGAAACCCCACAAGGAUAGACAAAAAAUUUCCAGGGAGCUGUAACUGAACAAUUCCCAGGGUUUCCACUGGGUUGGAAGACCUCUGAGUAUUCACCAGCCAGUGCUGAGAGACCUGAUGAACACUGAAUGGCACAUGUUAGUAGUGUAUCUAACCCAGACCUAACAAAAAUGGUAUUCUAGAUUAACCCCCCAAAAAGCUUCAAAACAAGCCUCAUUUUGUAAAUUAAAAAAAUUAAUAUUUAAAACAAAAGUAAUAACAAUGUGUCGUGGCAUUCACAACAUACAGAAGUAAAAUGUACAACAAUAACACAAAGUAAGA